ACGAGUGCGAGAUUUCUGGAUGGCGUGGCCGCUGGCCGCACGGUUUACUUGAGCUUGCGUGCCUUUGAGAGGUUGUACACACCGAUCUAGAUCCAGAAAUGACGGCGCACGAUCAAAUGCGAGCUAUGCUCGACCAGUUAAUGGGCACAGGACGAAAUGGUGAAAAUAACAAAUUUCAAGUGAAAUACUCCGACUCGAAGGUCUGCAAGAGUUUUUUGCUGGCCUGCUGCCCCCAUGAAAUCCUCUCGUCGACGUUCUAUUUCCAGAGUCUCUGGAAAAAGCAAUUCCAAUCAGAUCCAUUGUACAAUAUUGUUGCGAGUAUUGUCCGCUCAUAUGUCCGUGUUGUACUUGUCACUCUCACACGCGCGUUACUGUAAGUACUGAAAACGAGAAGAGGACGUACGUAUUACACCUACAAUUUGAUUUACCUUUACCAUAAUUCAAGUGCUAGAUAUACAUAUAUACAUGCAUAUCUAAUUUAUAUCUAUAUAUAAAUAUAUAUAUAUCUAUAUAUAUUAAUUCGAUACGAAAGACGUGAGGGCGGGCGGUUACUUCAGCCCCUCUACCGGUUUUCCACACGGUGGUGAGGCUGAGUAAUGUGCCGAAAGAAUAAAUUCCCAGACCCCCCCUGAAAAGGCCUGUAAACAGUGAAUCGGUGAGUAGCGUCAUACUGAUUCAUGAGACGAUAUCUUAAUGUCGCUUCUUACUAAUAAUGCCGUUUACGGCAGGUAGGAAUGAGAAGUUUUGAGAAUGUGUGUGAGAAAAAUAUAUAUCAUCCUGUGGAAGUAUGGGUGCAGGAAAUGAAGCAGUGAUCUGUAAGUAAAAGAUUUGCGAAUUGCCAAGUGCAUACGACGUACGCUCGCUGUUGGUUUCGCUCCUCGCGCGAGAGAGUUUCAUUGCAGGGGAGGAUUCUUCCUCCGUCUCUCGAUUCCGUUCUAAGAGAGUUGCGUAAACGAGGAAAAAACCAUUUUUCACGCUACGUUUUACAUCGUUUGUUAUUCGCCGCGCGAAUAAUCGGCAUAGAGUUCGAGAUUUUAACGUAGAUUUUUUUUUUAAUAUGAAACGCGGCCUCUUAAAUUCGCGAGAAUCAAGGAAAUUUUCAGCAGAGCUUUUCGGAGCUCAUUAUUUCUAUUAUUUGCGCGAAUAUUUAUUAAAACCUUUGGCAAUUUGCAACAUCCAAACGUGUCUCAUGCAAGAGAAAAUAUGAGAGGUGGCAUGACGCAGAGAGAGGUGUGAUUAGGCGGAUUAGUACAACAAGCGCCAGUUCCAUUAGAAAAAUUUCCGUCAACCAUUGGAUGUGUACGUAUUGAAUCCGUUUUUUUUUUUUUCUAAAAAAAUUCGUUUAGCAGCCAACACGUAAGACACGAUUCGUGCCGUACGUAAAAUAGUAUUAUAAAUCAUUAUAGGCUGUAAGUUCUCUUUCGUAGAAAAAAGUGAAACAUUAUGAAACUUAAGGUGUGUGCUGAUUAUAGCUUCAUUGUCAUCGCAUUCUCGUGUCAGGCGGAGAACUGUUGCCACCCUGUAAGUGAAAAACAACUAAACUAUUUAUCUGUACAAACUGCAUUUCUACUUUUACACUCGAUGCUAGAUCGUCUGACGAUCUCGAUCGCUUCGUUAAUUGUACGCUCUAUCCUAGCCCGCGCGUGCGGGAACACGGGAAACUUACGUUUCCGUGAGUUCACGUAAAAAGAAAUGAAAAGAAUGAAAAAAAAAUAAAAAAAAGAUAAGAAAAGAUGAAACCUAUUGAAAACCGUCUUAUCCUAAGGAUAUAGGCGAUGUAAGCUCAGAAUUUUUGUCGUAUCAUCUCUUGUCUCUCUCCAGAUUAUCGAUUCGUGCUAUUUUUUCCAGUCGCGGCAUCGCGACCAAGUACGUUAUAUUCUUCUGUCAAGUAAGAAGUAUCUCGUAAAUACGCAAUGUCGGGAAGGGUCUCUAACUUGUAUAACGCAUAGAAUCGAUAAGGCGUACGAUCGGAGGGGCCGUAAAUCUAAUCAUGAUUUGAUUUGUAAAUCGUAGCGCAUGGACCUGGGAGAAUGCCCCCAGAUUCACGACUUGGCCCUACGGGCUGACUACGAGGCCGCGCAAAAGAAGAACGACCACUUCUAUGACAUUGAUGCGAUGGAACACCUUCAAAACUUCAUCGCCGACUGCGACCGCCGGACAGAGCAGGCCAAGCAGCGACUGGCGGAGACGCAAGAGGAAUUGAGCGCGGAGGUGGCGGCGAAGGCGAACAACGUCCACGUGCUCGCCGAGGAGAUCGGUAAGAAACUAGCCAAGGCCGAGCAACUCGGCGAGGAGGGCUUUGUCGAGGAAUCGAUGAAACUGAUGGGCGAGAUCGACGAGCUGCGCAAAAAGAAGAACGAAGCGGAGCAAGAGUAUCGAAACAGCAUGCCUGCAUCAAGUUACCAGCAACAGAAGCUGAGAGUAUGCGAAGUGUGUAGCGCCUAUCUUGGAAUACACGAUAAUGAUAGACGAUUGGCGGAUCACUUUGGUGGAAAGCUGCAUCUCGGUUUCAUCAAAAUCCGUGAGAAGCUCGCCGAGCUUCAAAAGACCGUCGAUGAGAGGCGUAAGGAAAAGCGCGAGUCUAUGCUCGACAGGAGACGGGAUAGAAACAGGGAAGAUCGCGACAAAGAUCGCGAUAGGGACAGGAACCGCGGAGGAUUGGGCUACAGGGACCGCGACCGUGACCGCGAUCGCGAUCGGGACCGUGACCGUGACCGCGAUCGCGAUCGCGACCGUGACCGCGACCGUGAUCGCGAUCGCGAUCGCGAUCGUGACCGCGAUCGCGAGCGUGAUCGCGAGCGUGAUCGGGACCGGGAACGCAAGGACAGCGGUAGAAGAAAGUCACGAUCUCGUAGUCGCAGUCGUGGAAGAAGAUCAAAACGUUCUCGUAGUGGCAGUCACAGCCGUCGAUCUCGUUCUCGUCGCAGUGGAUCUAACGACCGUAAGAGAUAAAGACAAGAUGUAUAAGGAGUAUGCUCAAUGGUUUUUUUUUUCUUCCUCACACGCGCACUUUCGUACGUGUAAUGUAUAACACCAAUUCGUGCGCACGGGACGCGUAUGCGCUGAUGCAUUUGUACUAUAACAAAUGCGAUACUCCAUUUUGACAUAAUCUUUGUACAUUACUUGUCACCCGAUCGAUAUGUUAUUACGAUAUGCUAUUUAUGCCGAAUCUAUUCCUAUCGAAAUAUGUCUUAAAUUUUGUUUUAGAUCUACUCUACAUGUAAUCUAUUUUGUCUUUUAAAAUAAUUUUAAUCUACUGUAAAUAAGAAUAGCUUAAGUACAACUUGUAUUGGCAGUUGUUACAUGUUUACCAUAUUUGAGCAUAUACAAUAAUAAAAGGUAGCAGUAUAAACAAUA